AUGUCACCCUGUUUCCCUGGUGGAAAUAGGCCUGGGAUCCCUGGUGGCAAGAAGCCUGGUAUACCUGGUGGCAAGAAGCCUGGUACCCCUGGUGGCAAAAAGCUUGGAGUCCCUGGUGGCAAAAGGCUUGGGACCCCUGGUGGCAAUAGGCCUGGGAUCGUUGGAGCCCCCGGUGGCAAAAAGCUUGGAGUCCCUGGUGGCAAAAGGCUUGGGACCCCUGGUGGCAAUAGGCCUGGGAUCGUUGGAGCCCCCGGUGGCAAAAAGCUUGGAGCUCCUGGUGGCAAGAAGCUUGGGGCCCCGGGUGGCAAUAGGCCUGGGAUUGUCGGAGAGGGCGAGGGUGGCACAUCCGCCAGCACAGUUGCAGCACAUGCUGCCAUUAGCAGUAGUGAAAAUAUUGCUCGAGCUUCUCUAGACAUGGUCGGAGAAAGGGAAGCUAGAUUGGCUCUGUGGCAUGUUGGAGAGAGGGUAAGAGGAUUUAUAGAAGAGCAAUGA